UGUCUCUGACUCUCUCUCUCUCUUUCUCUCACUACCCCCAAAGCAGCAGAAGCAGCAGCAAGCACCAAGCGAGCAGCGAAGCCGAUUCCCCAAAUCGCCUCCCACAUGCAAUUCCUCGCCUGAAGAAACCCUACCUUACUCCACCGCCGCUGUCGCCGCCAUGUCGCUGCCACCGGUGGACCCGCCGGAGUGGCUGCGCACACUACCCGUGGCGCCGGAGUACCGCCCCACCCUCGCGGAGUUUGCUGACCCCAUCGCCUACAUCCUCAAGAUCGAGCCAGAGGCGUCUCGCUACGGCAUCUGCAAGAUCGCCCCACCGCUCCCGGCGCCGCCCCGGGAGGCCACCGUUCAGCGCCUCAAGGCCUCGUUCGCCUCCAAUGCGGCCGCUUCCGCUGCCGGCGACGCUGGCCCCACCUUCCCGACGCGGCUCCAGCAGGUGGGCCUCUCCACAAAGAACCGCCGCGGUGCUAACCGUCGCGUAUGGGAGAGCGGCGAGCGCUACACCCUGGAGGCCUUCCGCUCCAAGGCCCGCGACUUCGAACUCCCGAGGCACGCGACACCGCCAAGGCACGCGACGCCCCUCCAGCUCGAGGCGCUCUUCUGGGGCGCUUGCGCCGCGAGGCCAUUCAAUGUCGAGUACGGCAACGACAUGCCGGGGUCCGGCUUCGUCAAACGGGAGGUACUAGACCUGGACACUGACAAUCCGGCAGGGCCGCCCAGGGACGUCGGCGAGACGGACUGGAACAUGAGGGUGGCUCCGCGCACUCGGGGUUCGCUGCUGCGAGCGAUGAGCCGGGACGUGGCUGGCGUCACGACGCCGAUGCUGUACGUGGCGAUGCUCUACAGCUGGUUCGCUUGGCACGUGGAGGACCACGAGCUGCAUAGCCUCAACUACCUCCACUUCGGCAAGCCCAAGACCUGGUACGGUGUGCCCCGAGAUGCCAUGCUUGCUUUCGAGGAUGCCGUCCGCGUCCAUGGGUACGCGGACGACCUCAACGCUAUCAUGGCCUUUCAAACUUUAAAUCAGAAGACGACCGUCUUGUCCCCUGAAGUGCUACUUUCUGCGGGAGUUCCUUGCUGCAGCAGAUUGGUUCAGAACCCUGGAGAAUUUGUUAUCACCUUCCCUGGAGCUUACCAUUGUGGUUUUAGCCAUGGAUUUAAUUGUGGAGAAGCAACAAAUAUUGCCACUCCUCUCUGGUUGCAGGUGGCCAAAGAAGCUGCAAUCCGGAGGGCUUCAACUAAUUGUGGACCAAUGAUUUCUCAUUAUCAGCUGCUUUACGAGCUUGCACUGUCAUUAAGUCAAAGGGAACCUAAGGAUUUCUAUACUGUUCCAAGAAGCUCUCGGUUAAGGGAUAAGAAGAAGAAGGAUGAAGGAGAUACAAUGGUGAAAGAAAAAUUUGUUGAAAGUGUGAUUGAAAAUAACAAUUUGCUUAGUAUCCUUCUGGAUAAGAGUUCUUGUAUAAUUGUUCCUGAGAUUCCAUUUCCUCCUACAUGCUUUCCUACGAUGAUGGAGCCUGAACUCCCAAUUAAACAAAGUUUGACGGGUGGUCACUGUAGUAUUAGUCAGCAAGCAGUGCACAAUAUGUCUGUUGAUGUGGCACUAGACAAAAGUAUAGUAGAGAACAUGAGUCAGUCUCAGUCAGUUACUGAAGCAUCUUUAUCUGCAUACAACAGAAGAAAGCUUUAUGAAACAAAAUAUGGUGAACUCGGCUCUGCUGCCUUCUGUUUAUCACCAUCCAAGGUGCAGAGUGGAGUAACUGAUAAAGAUAAGAGAGGUGGGCUCUUAGAUCAGGGGCGGUUGCCGUGCGUUCAGUGUGGCAUAUUAAGCUUUGCUUGUGUUGCCAUCAUUCAACCUAGAGAAGCGGCUGUCCAGUUUGUGUUGUCUAGAGAGGGCAUCUCAUCAAGUGCAAACCUGGGAGAAGUUAGUGAAUCAGAUGGUAUCUCAAAUUGGAUAACCAAAAAUAUUGAGAUGGUUCCUCAACAAGGACAAGCUUCGGAAGCACUUAGCGUAAGUUUAGCGCAUGUAUCUGAUCGGUGUGGGCAACUAUACAGCAGGAACAAUAAUGGGUCAAGCUCUGCUCUUGGGCUUCUAGCUUCUACUUACGGAUCAUCAGACUCCGAGGAGGAAUCAAACCAAGGCAAAGAUAAUCAGUUAUUGGAAACAUCAUUUAGCCUCUCAAGUACAGGUCAGCGUCAAAGAGCAAAUAUGCAUUUGUACGAAGAGUGUUGUGAAGCCAAAACCACAACUUCUUUGAUGAAACCUAUAGAGGAUAACAGUACGACAAUAACUCGAUGUGGUAGGGACACAGAUACCAAUCAUUUAGCAAAGCUGAGAGAGCAAGGAACUUCCUAUGAUCAGUGUUCUGUCUACGUUGAUUUGGCGAAUGAUCCAACCAUAUCAGGUGUAAAAUCCUAUUCAGAUACUCAUUUAACCACAGCUAAGUCCUCAAUUGAACCAGAUGUGUUGACCCAGCUCAAGUACAACAAAGAUUCUUGCAGAAUGCAUGUAUUUUGUCUAGAACAUGCUUUGGGGACAUGGACACAACUUCAAAAAAUUGGUGGUGCUAAUGUUAUGCUCUUGUGUCAUCCGGAAUAUCCUAGAGCAGAGUCAACAGCAAAAUUCAUAGCAGAAGAACUUGGUUUGAAGCCUGAUUGGAAAGAUGUAGAUUUUGAAGAAGCAACUGAUGAUGACAUUAGAAGAAUUCAGUUGGCUUUGCAUGAUGAAGAUGCUGAACCUGCAAGCAGUGACUGGGCAGUUAAAAUGGGUAUCAAUAUAUAUUAUAGUGCAAAACAGAGCAAAUCCCCGCUUUACAGCAAGCAGAUACCAUACAAUUCCAUCAUUUAUGAUGUAUUUGGCCAAGAAAACCCAGACAACUUGACAGAUUACGGACGGCAAAGAUCAGGCGUGACAAAGAAAAGAGUGGCUGGAUGUUGGUGCGGGAAAGUUUGGAUGUCAAACCAAGUCCAUCCCUUUUUAGUUCGUGAGCAUGAAGAACACAAUCAUGCCAUAGUUUGCAGCAAAGUGAUGCUUGGUGCUAAUUACCAUGCGAAAGUACACGAUGAACCAUCGCUUACAUGUAAUACAAUAGUUAUCUGUAGCCCAUCAGAAAGGAUAUCCAGAAGGAAAGGAGGGGACUCUAUUGAAAAAUCUGGAGCCAGAAAGAAGAGAUGCUCCGCUAAUGAUGAAGCCACUUUGCCUUGCAGUAGCCUUGGGACGAACCCUAAAACCAUCAACGAUCAGCCUAGAAACUUCGAUGAUCAUGACAAACAUGAAGGAGGUAAAAUUGCAGAAGCACCAAGCACUCAGCAAUAUCAACACUUGCAAAGCAUGAACAUGAAGUCAAGUUCUAACAAGCCAAAGGAUGAUAAAGGAAAGUGCAAUUUUCUUGACCUGUACGAUGAAGAUAAUGGCGUGGACUGCUGGUUUAACAUAGAUUCUGGAGAUAAUGCUGCAAUACGAAACUUGGAAGACAGUCGACAAAAAGAACUUGAUACUGUGAAAGUUAAAUCUCCAGGUAAGUUGCAAGGUAAUAUGAGAAAAUCGAGCAAGUGCAAGGUGAGAGAUGAUUCUCUGAAUGGAGACAAGAAAGUGCAAAAGGUGAAUAAGAAAUCAAUUUCUAGGAAGCAAAAAGAUGUUGAUAUAAAUACACAGUUUCGAGAAGAAUAUAAAGAAGAUAACAACUGGGAUGAAGUUCCAGAAGGAAAAGAUCAUGAUGUGGAAGUGGAAUCUAGACCCAAAACACGAAGUGGCGAGGAUGAUAAAAGAAACAACUACUCCCAUGAACUACGUUAUGAAGAUAAUGAUAUGGAUUGCUGGCAUGACAGACAUGGUGGAGAGAACGCCACAAUGGGAAACUUGGAUAACAGUCCAGUACAAAGACUUGAGGCUGCGGAAGUGAAAUCUGGUGGUAAAUUGCAUUGCUGUAAGAGAAAAUCCAGCAAGGGCAAGGCAAAGGAUGAUUACUCAAAUGGAGAUGAGAAGUUACAAAUGCUGAACAUUGAAUCAAUCUCUAGGAAGCAAAAGAGUGAUAACCAGUUUGAUGAAGGUUGCGACAGAGAUAACGCUUUGGACUCUUUGCUUAAUGAUGUGGAUGAAGCCACACGAGAGAACUGUUAUGAAGUUCGGGAAGAAGAAAUGGAUGGCAUGGAAGUGAAACCUAGAGGGAAAGUGCAAACUGGUAAGAGGAAAACCAGCAGAUGUCAAGCGGGUGAUAAAGCAGCAAAAUUUCCUUGUGAUAUAGAAGGGUGUGACAUGAGCUUCAGCUCACAGCAGGAUUUGUUGUUGCACAAGCGUGAUAUUUGUCCUGUUAAAGGAUGCAAGAAAAAGUUCUUCUGCCAUAAAUAUCUGCUCCAGCACCGCAAAGUGCACAUGGAUGAAAGGCCGCUCAACUGUGAAUGGAAGGGCUGCAAGAAGACAUUCAAGUGGCCAUGGGCGAGGACAGAGCACAUGAGGGUCCAUACGGGGGUGCGACCUUACGAAUGCAUGGUACCUGGCUGUGGUCAGACAUUCAGAUUUGUGUCGGAUUUCAGCCGCCACAAGAGAAAGACUGGCCAUUCCAGUGGUAAGAAAAAUAAGGAGAGUACAUAACUUCUAAUCCCUGUGCAGGAGUACAUGUUCUUUCUCUGAAGGGAUGCUGAUUGAAUAACUGCAUCAGAUUCCACUUGUCGUUGGAUUAACCUGCAUUAGGAGUCUAAUUCAUUCCAUUGUUUACUGACUCCGCAUAACGAGUCAAAUUUUCCAUUGCCUUGGGUCCAACGAGCCUGUUGUUGACUGUGGUUAUUCCAAGUCAAUUGUAUGUGCUUUAGUUUAGCGCGAACGCUUGGGAAGUUAUUUUUGUCAUCAUGGUUAAAUUGACAUACUUACCUUGUUUUCUGGUGGCA